ACAGUAACCUGUGAGCUACCGCGCUCCUGCUGCUCACCUUCUGAGGGAAGAAAACAAACCUGGAUGGAUGGAUCCGUUACUUUCAAAUACAUUUUAGUGUCCAUAGUGAAGUGAAACGUUUCGGGUUUCGUGCUUGAUCUGAAUGUUUCAGUCGCUCGCGCUGAAGCGUACGCGGAUUCCUCGCGCAGAGAAUCAAAGUCUCUCAAACGCAACGUUUAGCUCCACAAACAUGGAUGUUCUGGCCAAUUACAGUAUUUUUCAAGAACUUCAACUUGUUCAUGACACUGGCUACUUCUCCGCGAUGCCGUCUCUGGAGGAAAACUGGCAGCAGACAUGCCUGGAGCUGGAGCGCUACCUGCAGACAGAACCCAAGCGUCUGUCUGACCUUUUCGACGAGGAGCUGGACGGCCUCCUCAGCCCCUCCUUCAUGAAGGAAGACGGAGACGAAGACCUGUUAGACCCUCUCCUUCCCAGCCUCAACAACCCUCCCAGCCCUUCUCAGCGUAAAGAAACCCACUCCUCCAUUUCUCCAGAUGCCACCUUAGGAGUCAACGCUGCCCAGCUGAAUGCCGUCACAUCACUAACACCGCCCUCAUCUCCAGAACUGGGUCGACAUUUAGUCAAACCCACCCAUACGCUCAGUGCAUCACCCGACGGGACCCUCACGCUCAAGCUUGUGGCCCGAAAGGUGGGCUUGAGCUCUGCCAAGCUUGUGGCGGCUCACCCGGUGCCACUUUCGCCUCAGCAUGGUAGCACUGGCACUCAGAGCGAUGGGGAACAGGGUGGCACCUGUACUAUUGGAGUCGGCGAUAUGGCGGAGAAUAAAAAGAGGGUCCAUCGCUGCCAGUUCAACGGCUGUCGGAAGGUCUACACUAAGAGUUCGCAUCUGAAGGCACAUCAGAGGACACAUACAGGGGAGAAGCCGUACAAGUGCUCAUGGGAAGGCUGUGAAUGGCGGUUCGCAAGAAGUGACGAGUUGACGAGGCACUACCGCAAACACACCGGCGCCAAGCCUUUUAAGUGCAAUCACUGCGACAGGUGUUUCUCUCGAUCCGAUCACUUGGCACUGCACAUGAAGAGGCACGUCUGAGGAGGAAGAGGAGGAGGCGGGAGGAAGAGACAGAGAGAAGGCCGAGGGAGAGAAAGAGGGGGAUUAUGGGAAAGAGCCGAAUACCACUCAGGCCGUUGGCUCAUCCCACUGGAGGGAGACCCCGGUGUGGAAACAACCAGCAAGAGCUGAACUUACACCAGGUCUUGAGGUUUGAUCGGCGAGAUGCAAGUCACAUCUGACCAUGAGGAUGUACAUUCUGCGGUCUACAGAUCUGAGAAGGUGUUAUGACAGCUCAUGUCAAUGUGCUUCAGUUGGUACUCACAACAUCAAUGACUUGAUUUAGUUACGAAUAAUGCGCUCUCCAAGACCCAUUAAAGAUUUUGCCAAUGUUACUUAGACAUCUUGCGCAUAUUGUCACAGACAAAAGCUAUUGUUGCUCCAGAUUUAAUUUGCUGCACCGUGCAGGACGUGAAUGCAUCUCCUUUGGAGAAUAUCGUAGCGAUAGGACGUCAAUCCAAAGAGAUGGAUUUUUGUUUGUUUGUUUCAUUUUGAGCAAGGAUUAUCCUUCUGCUUUGAUCCCGCCAAGAUCUAAAGUGGAAUGUCCAUCUGGAGAAAUCUGGAUUUCAAAAGGCGACCAAGAUGAAUCGCUUUUAUAUGUGUAUUUGACCGGAGGAGUGAAAGAAACGCUCUUACCUUCUUCAUAGAUGGACAAAUCUCUCUCUUUCACAUCCCUCCCUGCCAACUAACCAACCAACCGCUGCGCAGCGACACUUUGAGACUUUUUAUAAAGAAAAAAAAAUCAAGGAAGAGAUCUUUUUGAAUGAUGACUAUGUUAUAUAAUUCAGAAGACUUCUUUUUUUGCUUUUCUCCUGUGGAUGUGUACAAAAUAGAAAAAGAAACAAAAAUGGACCAAAAAAGAAAGAAAAACUGCCAUAUGCACAAGCGAAAAGUAGUGGAUUCUACACUGGCACAGACCGCAUCUGAGGUGGACUUCAUUUCUUUAGAAACGCAAACUUUUAGUGGCAAAAAAGAAAAAAAGAAAAAAGCAAUGUUGUUGUUGCACACGUUUUGAGCAUUCCUCAACAUUAUUUAUAACCCAUGAAAUGUUCCCCCAUAAACUUGGGUUUCUUCGGGAUUUCUAGGACUAGCAUGAAAUGAGAAAAGCACCAUGGUUUAUCUGCGGACUUCACAACAAAAUAAUGACUUCCACCAUUCAAGGCAAGAUUUGCGAUCAGAAAAGUUUAGGUUGUGUAGUACGUCCCGAAAAACUGUCCGGACAGACACUUCCCAUCUGUUAUUUUAGUUUGGAUGGUACAAAGCAUCAUAAAUUGAAAAAAAAAAAUAGUGUGCGUUUUGUGUUUCGCUGGUCCUAUAGGUGGCAUCUACAUGUUUAGGCUUUGUAAUGGGCUUUUUCUUACACAUUACAUAUCUGUCUGCUUAGUGUUCCCGGUAAAAACAACUGUACAGUGUGAAAAAAAAAAUGUAUAGUAAAAGUGAGGUUUAAAUUACAGCGUACAAUCAAGUGUGGGAUGUGAAUGUAAGGUUGGAUGAUUGUGGACGGCCCUGCACUUAUGCAAUCAUUGCUCACGAUAGAUCCUACUGUGGCUCAUGCAUAAAGAUCUACACAAAGGCUCGUUGAUGAAGGAAUAACGCACAUAAAAUGAACAAUCUGCCAUUGUUUACUCACCCUCGUGUCGCUCCAAACCUUCUUUCUUCAGUGCAAGACAAAAGACGUUUUGAAGAAUGAUGUCUCUUUUUUUCCUACAAUCAAAAACAAUGGGGGAUUUCAAAGUCUGACAAUUGGCAUUAAAGCACUAAGAUAAAGUAAAUGUGAAAAUAUUCCAAAUUUAACUUCAUUUUAACGUCCACAUAUUCAAACUUGACACAAUUCCAAAAAA